AUCAAUGUCAAUAUGGUAGAUGUAAAAAUGAAGACAAAAAGAAUGGCUGCUUAUUUCUCAAGUUUUGAUACAUAGAAAAUACCACACCUUUUUAUAAACCUCCACAAAAGCAUGAUGAUAGAGCAAUAUAAUAUAAUGGAUGAGAAAAAUCUGCCUCCAGGGUUUAGGUUUCAUCCAAGUGAUGAAGAACUCAUAACAUAUUAUUUGAGUAACAAAGUUUCUGAUUUUAGCUUUACUACUAGAGCUAUUGCUGAUGUUGAUCUUAACAAGUCUGAGCCUUGGGACCUUCCUGCCAAAUCGUCCAUGGGAGAAAAAGAAUGGUACUUCUUUAGCCAAAAAGAUCGAAAGUACCCAACGGGUCUUCGCAGUAACAGAGCUACAGAAGCUGGCUACUGGAAAACAACGGGCAAAGAUAAAGAGAUUUUUCGCGGUGGAGUCGAGCUUGUUGGGAUGAAGAAAACACUUGUUUUCUACAAAGGAAGAGCUCCUAAGGGUGAAAAAACCAAUUGGGUUAUGCAUGAAUAUAGGCUACAAUCCAACCUUGGAUUCAAACCUCCCAAGGAGGAAUGGGUAGUUUGUAGGUUGUUUCACAAAAACUCAACUGUAAAAAAAUCAAAUGCAACAUCAUCCCAACCAUCUGAUCAAGUUGAAUCCAUUAGCGACGCUUACACAUUACCAAAUUUCAACAUCCCUGCCCCUCAUGAAGGUCAGAUAGUUAACGAUAUUUCUCUACAUAACUACUAUACCAGUCAAGAAAACAUGAAUAUCGUUAACUUGGAUCCUCUCCCUUCGUUAUUACUUUAUAAGGCAAUACAAUGCAGAGGCAAUUAUAAUCAUCAACCAAUGAAUAUUGAUCCAUCUAUCAAUACCGUGAGUUACCCUUACGGUAUUCCAUCACAAGACACUAUUUAUCCUUUUGGAAUUGAUUUUAAUCCAACUUCUAAUAUUUGGGAUUAAUUUAGGUUGGCUCAGAGUAAAUUUCAUAUGAGCUACUUUUUUUUGUAUUUGUAAUACAAACAAGUUACGUUUGAUUGACUUGGAAAAAUUCCCAGUCUCUAUGAUAUAAUAUCUUUUAUUCAAAUUGA